AUGCAGUUUGAGAUUACGCUCUUGGCCAAGAGAUGCGAGGACGCUGCUGUCUACAUGACCGAUACUUGUAACGAAGUUUUGGAACAAAACAUGUUACUGGACAACAUGUGCCUUGUUCAAGCAUUCAUUUUUGCGGCUGCCCUAAUACUUGGGCUGGUCAUGUUCUCACAAACCCAGGCAGAAAAGGACCUCGAAAUCGCACCGGAGAAUGCGCUAGGGAUGAUGAGGAAACUUUCCACACAGAGCUUGCAGGCUGAACACUAUUCGGGAAUUCUGGACAACAUGCACAAGGAUAUCAAAGCCCGACAGCAACAGACAGCUUUGCAAAGGCGCGGGUGCUCAGGUCGACCGGCCAACGAAAUAGUCCAACCUUCUCAGGUUCUCGGGGCCUCUUUUCCAGGCCUCGGUCCGUCAAACAUCGACAGAGGCGACGGGACACCGUCCAUCGAUGAACUAGCGAAGACGCUACCGUCACAGAAUGGCCUUCUCGGACCACAGAGCUUGUCAGGCACAGGUCUUGACUCUGACACCACUAAAUUGGACUGGGAUAUCCCCUCAUAUCAAUGUCGGGAUGAUUUCUCAAUGAUCACUCCAGAAUGA